AUGCUUCUAUUCUCCACAUCUUGUCUUGUCUUUGUGGCAAGUGUAUGUAUAAUUCUUGCUGGCGAAGUAGUCCUGGCGAAGAGUGAAUAUGAGACGGAAAUAGCUUUGGUAACAUGUGGAACGACGAAAGGCGAGUUUGAGAUGACCUUCUUCCGAGACUGGAGUCCCAAUGGCUAUGAUCGGGCAGUGGAAUUGUUCAAGGGUGGCUUUUACGAUCACAGUCACUUUUUUCGAGUGGUUCCUCGCUUUUUGUGCCAAUUUGGGAUCAGCUAUACCGACAAUGCCGCACUCAAGUCCAAAGGCAUGAAGCAAAUUCGAGAUGAUCCCCUUCAAAAGUCGGUCCACUUUGAACAAGGUACCAUCAGUUAUGCUGGAUCGGGGCCCAACAGUCGGACUUCCCACCUUUUUAUUUCGUUCAUGAAAUCUGGACAAUUUGGAUCCAAUCCCUGGGAGACACCAAUAGGCAAGGUUACCAAAGGAUAUGACGAGGUUGUUGCAAAGUUCUACGCGGGAUAUGGAGACAUGCCACCAUGGGGGAAAGGACCCCAACAGCAACCAAUCUACGAUGGCCCUCAUUAUAUUGAAGACAACUUUCCAAAGCUGGACAAAUUCUUGACAUGCAAGGUAGAAACAAAGGUGACCAAGGGAAGCAAUGUCCCACCCGUUUCAGAGCCGGAUAUUGACGAAGAGGAUCCUUAUGGGUUUGCUGAUACCAGUGAUAGUCGUGAUGAGGAGAGUGAUGAUAGCGAUGAUGCAGGGCAUGAUGAACUUUGA